AUGGAUCAGACAAAGAUGCCCCUGAACCGCGGGAGCGCCCACGCCAUCGCCCGAAGAGGCCGCGCCGCCGCCGUGGCCAUCUCGGCAGCCGCCGCUGUUGGCAUGAUGAUCAAGUACCAGGCCGACGCGAUCAGGAAUAACGAGCUCGCCCAGAAGACGUCGCGAUACGUCAGCGUCGAGCGGAGCGGCGGGGGCAUAUGA